AUGGCAUGGUUCUCAAAAGAUGAGCUUUCAUUCGUUAAGGAAGUACCUGAUCAAAUCGACAUAGAGUGUCCAGUUUGUCUUCAUAUCUUGACAGAUCCUUACCAGGUGAGCUGCUGUGGUAGAAAUUUCUGCAAGUCUUGUAUUGAGAGGAUAAAGGAUAGUGAUGGAUCCUGUCCUAUGUGUAAAGAGGAGACGUACCAAUCCUUUGCAGAUAAAAAUAUCGGUCGUAUAAUUAACGGGUUACAAGUCUAUUGUACCAAUAAGGAGAAAGGUUGUCAAUGGAAAGGAGAUUUGAAGUAUCUACCCACUCACCUUAGUAAAGGGAAGAGAGAAGGAGAAUGUCAAUAUGAAGAGGUCGAAUGUCGAUAUGACGAGUGUCUAACAAGAGAUCAACGUCAGCAUCUUAACGUUCACGAGGAGGAGUGGUGCGACCAACGACCGUACAGUUGUGAGCAUUGCUAUGAGGAAGUCACAGUUAGUAGAAGUGGUGAUGUUGUUCAUUUCUAUACUGAGGUUGGUGGUCAUCACAUGUCAGCCGCCUAUCUUCAACCAACACUCUACCUUGCGUUUCAUGAUGGAAAGUUUGAUAAACUCCGUGCAUUUUCCCAGCCUAAAAUUCUAUUAAAAUAUGAUAGUGAUGAUGCACAACCUGUACAGAUAAAGUCUUAUAGAAAGGUAGAUGAUAAUAUUCUCACACAGGCAGUAACGGAACCUUCAAAAAGACAAGAUGAUGGACUAACUUCCAUACAUAUUGUUAAUGUCAUCAGCAUUAAUAUUACACUUACUUCUUCUAAUGAAGUCACUGUGAUAGUGACGCGAAUGUCCAAACUCAGAUAUCAGUCCGUAAGGUUUUAG